GUCGCGCUCAAAAGUUGCGUGAGAGUUCUGGUUGCGAAGUCGUACAAUUUGAGACAUGGAGUCAGAGCCGUCGGGCAGCAGCAUCUAGCAAUCUACCCCGCCUGAUAUGCUCAGCCGCGCCCAGCUGAUAUGUACGACACUGCUAGCUCUCGCCUCGUGCAUAGUCGUGUCAGCUUCGACCGCAAAGUUUGAUCUGACCAAGCGCUGGCGAGGGGACACUCGCUGUCUCUUGCUUGCUGAUCUCACAAACACAAAACAGCCUGCCUUGUACGACUUCAGUCUCGUCUGGAACGACGCUACCAAAUAUUUCGACGGCAUUGUCGGUUGGUCGUGGCCUUCUCUCUGAGUGCGAUGCCGCUGUUUAGACUGCGGCACGAACAGUAAAUACCGAUAGGGUUGGCUACAAAGCUGCCACGUAUACAUCGAAUGACUAUGAUAGCCAUCUGAGCAAUUUCGAUGGUCUGUAGCCAGGUCUGUCAUAGAAAAUGGAGCCCUCGCUCAAGCAGG